AUGGUGAAAGAAGCUCGUAUCUCGGUUAUAAAUUUGUACAAAAAGGGACAUAAAACAAAAGCUAUAUCGAAACUGCUCAAAAUGCCAGUUAGAACCAUGUACGACGCUAUCAAACGAUACAAGGAGACUGGUGGAUGCAAAACGCCGUUGGUUUUUGUAGACAAAGGCUUAAAAAUCAACGCCAUCACCUAUCAACAACGCAUCCUUAGAGAUGUACUUUACCCGUGCGCACGUCAGCACUUUGAAAAGAAUAAGUGGAUUUUACAACAAGACCAAUCGACAAUGAGAAUGUGCAAAGAGCUGCUUUCGGAGGUGUGGGAUAGAACGAUAUGUCGAUCAAAUUCACCCGAUCUCAAUACAAUGGAUUAUUCAGUUUGGUCAAUUUUGGAGAGAAAAAUCUCCUCCAAGAAAUACACCACCGUAGAACAGUUAAAGUCUGCUUUAGAAAGAGCCUGGAAUCAAAUUACUACUGAAGAGUGUGCAAUCAUAGCAAGUAAUUUUAAGAAGCGUCUCAGAGCUUGUGUGAAGGCUAAAGGAGAACAUUUUGAAUACUUAUUGUAA